AUGCGACUCGGCUUCAUCGGCCUGGGGACCAUGGGCGGACCCAUGGCGCGCAAUCUCGCCCAAAAAGCGCACCUUGCAGUGUGGAAUCGAAGUCCCGCCAAAUACGCAAUGUUCGAGCAGGCCGGCGCGGUAUCCAUAUCCAUUGCAUCCACACCCGCAAAGGUAGCGGAGAGCUCGGACAUGCUGUUUAUGAUGCUCUUUGAUACCGCAGCAAUAGAGUGUAUUCUAGACGAUGAUUUCAGACGAGCCGUACGAGGGAAGAUAAUCGUCAACGCCAGUUCGAUACCCGUCGACUCCAGCAAAUUGUUCUGCGGGAUCAUCCAGGAAGCCGGGGGCAGAUAUCUGGAGAUGCCUGUCAGCGGUAGCAAAGUUCCUGCUAAAAAGAGCUCCAGCCUAAAAACAAAAUAUACCAUCAACACUUUGGCCACCACUCUGACUGCUGGGCUCGCCGAGUCAAUGAGUCUGGCCGAAGCCCAGGGUCUUGAUCUUGCAGCGUUCGCGCAAGUUCUUAUGGCAUCGGCCUUUUCCAAGAUUAAGGUCAACAAGAUACUUAAUGAGGACUGGUCUCCACAGGCGUCAGUUAGGGAAUGCUACAAUAGCACGCAGCUUAUAAAAUCUGCCGCGGAAACAGAACAUGUUCAGAUGCCACUAAUGGAUGUAUGCGGUAAACUGUAUACGGAGGCAAUCGAAGCAGAUUUGGCGGAGGAAGACAUGAUCGCGAUUAUCAAACAGAUACGGAGUCGGAAAAAGAAAUAG